AUGAAGUGGCUGGUCCUGGCUCUGAUGUGUCUCCAGCUCUCGGAGGGGCUGGUGAGAAUCAAACUGAAGAAAGGCAAGUCUAUCCGGGAGAACAUGAGGGAGGCAGGAGUGCUGGAGGACUACCUGAAGAAAAUUAAAAAUGAUCCAGCCAAGAAAUACAACUUCACUGACAACUACGUUGUGUUUGAGCCACUAACCAACCACCUGGAUGCCAGCUACUUCGGGGAGAUCAGCAUCGGGGACCCCCCCCAAAACUUCUUGGUGCUCUUUGACACUGGCUCCUCCAACCUGUGGGUCCCCUCCUCCUACUGCCAGACACCAGCGUGCUUCAACCACGCAAAGUUCAAUCCCAACGACUCCUCCACCUUCAUCAGCAGUGGCCAGUCCUACACCCUCUCCUACGGCAGCGGCGCGGUGACGGUGCUGCUGGGCUACGACACGCUGAGGAUCCAGAGCAUCAUGGUCACAAACCAAGAGUUUGGGCUCAGCCAGAACGAGCCAACCCAACCUUUCUACUAUGCCGAGUUUGAUGGGAUCCUGGGAAUGGCCUACCCCUUGCUGGCAGUGGGAUCCAUACCCACAGCACUGCAGGGCAUGAUGCAGCAGAACCAGCUCACCGAGCCCAUCUUCAGCUUCUACUUCUCCCGCCAACCCACCUACAACUAUGGGGGAGAGCUCAUUCUUGGAGGGAUUGACACUCGGCUCUUCCGUGGGGAUAUUAUUUGGGCACCAGUGACCCAGGAGCUUUACUGGCAGGUCGAGCUUGGUGGAUUUGCUAUUGGACAGUCAACAACGGGCUGGUGCAGCCAGGGCUGUCAGGCCAUCGUGGACACAGGGACCUUCCUGCUGACAGUGCCCCAGGAGUACCUGGACAGCUUCCUGCAGGCUGUGGGUGCCCAGCUGACCAGCUAUGGUGUAAGUUAUGCAGUUGACUGCAGUGAGAUCCAGAACUUGCCCACCAUCACCUUCAUCAUCAAUGGAGUCAAUCUCCCACUCUACCCCUCUGCCUACAUCUUGAAUAACAAGGGCUACUGCACAGUUGGGGUUGAGGCCACCUACCUGCCUUCCCAGAACGGGCAGCCACUCUGGAUCUUUGGUGACGUCUUCCUCAAGGAGUAUUACACCGUCUUUGACAUGGCCAACAACCGCGUUGGCUUUGCCACGUCAGUGUAGAGGAGAGGAGCAGUGAAAUCCAGCCCCUGUUCUGGCCAAACCCACCUCAGCCAGCCUUGCUGGAGCCCCGUGGGG